AUCUAAAGCAGAGAAACUGAAAUUGAAAUCGAGCGAAAAUUAGAAAGUAUUGUUUCAGUCGCCGUCGUCGUCGUCAAUGGGAGAUGGGUACUGGAACCAGCCUCCGAUGUCGUCGAUCCCCCACGGAGGUCCUCUGAAACGUCACCGUUCUGACUUCGAACAUGAUUACGUGUCACGGGAUGAGGACCGAGGUAUCCUUCAUUCAGUAAGAGAUACGAGAACUAUUGGCUCAGCUUAUGAUCGCUACCUUCAGAGUGCGCAAACGUCUUCUAUGCCAUCUGAAGAAGCUGGUCGGUUUCGUGGUGUCGGCAGAGGAGGUGGUGACAUGGGUGAGCUUAUGUCUGGGCGUGGUGGAGUUCAGCAUCCAGAUUUUGGGCCUCCAAAUGGUCGAGAUUUGGGUUUUGGUCAACAAGAUUUAGUUGGUAGGAGGCCUGGAAGGGAACUGCUUCGUCUGCCUCCAGAUGCAUCCAACACUCUAUUUGUUGAAGGACUUCCUUCUAAUUGCUCCAGGAGGGAAGUAUCUCAUAUAUUUCGACCAUUUUUGGGAUAUAAAGAAGCGAGACUUGUGACCAAAGAUACAAAGCAAAGGAAUGGAGAUCCUGUUGUUCUAUGUUUUGUUGAUUUUGAAAGCCCUGCAUGUGCAGCAACUGCUCGUACCGCCCUGCAAGGCUAUAGAAUGGAUGAAAAUGAACCGGACUCCAAAAAUUUGCAGAUCCAGUUUUCAAGAAACCCAGGUCGAAGAGCAGGACAACGCGGAGGAAGGAGGUGAUGAUGAGUGAGUGGGAGACAUUUGGAGGAGGCAUCAGUCAAAUGGUUAUAGCUUAUUGUUACUCUAGAACACAAACACACUUGAUCACGUAUUCAGAUCCUUAGGAAGACUCUCACCCAAAGCAAUAGAGAUGUAUGGAUAUACACAAGAGACUAGGAGAUGAGUUGAUUGUAAUCUACAGCAUCUCACCCUAGCUCUCUCUGUUUCCUUUUCUCAUAUUAUGAUAGAUUUAUCAUUAAAUGUAUGAUUUUAUUAAUGAUAUUUAUCAAAGCCCAAAUCUAUUUGUUACAAA